AUGGCCUCUACCACUAGCAGCAGCAGCAAGAAGCUACGUCUCCUGCUCAUCCCCUUCUUCGCGACCAGCCACAUCGAGCCCUUCACCCACCUUGCCAUUAGCCUCGCCGCGGCUGCUAGCCCCAGCGUCGCCGUAGAGGCAACGGUUGCGGUCACUCCGGCGAACGUUCCCAUCGUCCAGUCCGUGCUUGAGCGACACUAUGGCAUACAUGACGCUGCUGAGGAGACGCCUGUGAGGAUAGCGACGUAUCCGUUCCCGGAAGUGGACGGCCUCCCGAGGGGAGUGGAGAACCUGGGCAAGGCGGCGCCGGAGGAUUCGUGGCGCAUCGACGCCGCCGCGUUCAGCGAAACCCUGACACGCCCCGUGCAAGAGGUGUUGAUAAGGGAGCAGGUUCCGGACGCGCUCGUCACCGACGUGCACUUUCUCUGGAACGUCGGCAUCGCUGACGAGCAUGGCGUGCCGUGCGUCAUGUACAAGGUCAUCGGUGCCUUCCCGUUGAUGGUCCUGCAGCACCUCGACCUCGGCACGGACAGCGGCCCUGACGUGGCCACAGUCGCUCGGUUUCCGGGCCCUCCUAUGCGGAUACCAAGGACCGAGCUGCCGGAGUUCAUGAGAAGAAAACUGGAGGUUGAAGACUCCACGCACAAAAAGUUCUUCUCGGCGCAAGCUAACUGCUUCGGCCUGGCCGUCAACACAUUUUCAGCCCUGGAGCAGCAGUACUGCGACCUGCACAUGCGCGAAGGCUACGUGAAGCGCGCCUACUUCGUAGGGCCUGUCUCGCUGCCACCACCAUCGUCACCAGCGGCUACCGCGGCUGCCUUGAGCGGCGACUCGCAUCACUGCCUCGAUUGGCUCGGCUCGAAGCCAGAUCGAUCAGUUGUGUACCUGUGCUUCGGCAGUUUCGCCCCUAUCUCGGACGAGCAGCUGCACGAGCUCGCUCUCGGGCUGGAGGCCUCGGGAGAGUCGUUCCUGUGGGUGGUGAGGUCGGAGAGGUGGACUCCGCCGGAGGGGUGGGAGGAGCGUGUCCGAGGCAGGGGGAUGCUCGUCACGGCAUGGGCACCACAGACGGCUAUACUGGGGCACCCGGCGGUGGGUGCGUUCGUGACACACUGCGGGUGGAACUCGGUGCUGGAGACGGUGGCGGCGGGCGUGCCGGUGCUGACGUGGCCGCUUGUGUUUGAGCAGUUCAUCACCGAGAGGUUUGUCACGUACAUCCUUGGCAUCGGGGAGCGGCUGUGGCCGCACGGCGCCGGCAUACGGAGCACGCGGCACAUAGAAAACGAGGUAGUCCCUGCCGAAGCGGUGGCACGGGCGCUGACUGCGUUCAUGCUCCCUGGAGGACCAGGGGACGCGGGGAGGAGCAGGGUGAUGGACCUCGCCGCGAAGGCUCACGCGGCCAUGGCGGAAGGAGGCUCCUCGCAUUGUGAUCUGCGCCGUCUCGUCAAUGAUCUCGUGGAAGCGAGAGGUGCUGCGGCUGGAGGGACGAAGUUCGCUGAAAGUGAGUUUUAG